AUGCCGUCCUUGAACUCCUCUGACAUCAUCGAUGUGUUGGUCGUUGGAGGCGGCAACGCAGGCUUCUCCGCAGCAAUUUCCGCCGCAGAGUCUGGCGCAAAACGCGUGGUUGUAAUCGACAAAUGCCCUAAAGACUGGGCAGGAGGAAAUUCGUACUUCACCGCGGGCGCCUUCCGUACAGCAUACACCGGAGCCCGGGACUUGAUCCCCAUCGUGAACAAUGUCGAUUCCGAGACGGCCAAAAUCAUCGAUAUGGAACCCUACACGCCGCAAGACUUUCGGAAAGAUAUGGACCGCAUGACUUCGGGACGUACAGACCCGGCCUUGAGCCAGGCGCUGAUUGACGAGUCGAAUGCAACUGUCAAGUGGCUUGCGAAGCAUGGAGUCCGGUUCCAACUUUCGUUCAACAGGCAGGCAUACAAGGUCGACGGUCGAUAUAAGUUCUGGGGUGGCAUGUCGUUGAAAACAGAAGAUGGAGGGAAAGGAUUGAUCCAAGACCACCAAGCCGCAGCUCGGAAACUUGGGGUGAGGGUUUACUACUCCACUCCAGCGAAACGACUUGUUACAAACAAUUAUGGGGCAGUGACUGGUGUUGUUGUGACCUACGAGGGUGUUGAAACUUUGCUCCGCGUUAGCUCAGUCAUUCUCGCAGCUGGCGGGUUCGAAGCGAACCCGCGUAUGCGAUCCCAGUUUCUCGGUCCCGGUUGGGAUCUUGCGCACGUGCGAGGUACCCCAUUCAAUACUGGUGAUGCGUUGGAGUUCGCGAUUCGCGACGUAAACGCGAAGCAAGCAGGCAAUUGGUCCGGGUGCCACUCAACAUGCUGGGACGCUAAUUCGCCAACCGACAGUGGCGAUCGGGUCAUCUCAAACGAGUUCACCAAGUCCGGAUAUCCCUUAGGAAUUAUGAUAAACACUGAAGGACAUCGCUUUGUCGACGAAGGUAUCGACAUGCGCAAUUAUACAUAUGCCAAGUUCGGACGCGCAAUACGCGAGCAACCGGAUGGAAUCGCAUUUCAGGUGUGGGACCAGCACGCGAUCCCGUGGUUACGAAGCGAGGAAUAUCGUGAUGAGGUCGUGCGAAAAGUAUGGGGUUCUACUCUGAAAGAGCUCGCGCAGAAGCUAGCCACGGACCAUAACCUUGCAGACCCAUACACAUUCGUCCAAACGAUCCAAGACUACAACAAUGCGGUAUACGCAAACAGGAAAGAAAAAGGGAACCAGAAGUGGGACCCCUCAGUCAAGGACGGGCUCUCCACACAGUCUUCAGCAAGACGCCUGCCACUGGCGAAGUCAAAUUGGGCGUUACCCAUAGACCAAGGUCCCUUUAUGGCGGUAAAAGUAUGUUGCGGUAUUACCUUCACUUUUGGCGGUCUCGCUGUAAAUCCGGAUACAACCGCUGUUAUUUCGAGCGCUGGUCAUGAGGUAGAAGGUCUCUACUGUGUCGGCGAGAUGCUAGGUGGCCUCUUCUACGGCAACUAUCCUGGAGGUAGUGGGCUGACCUCAGGUGCUGUGUUCGGCAGAAGAGCAGGGAGGGCUGCUGCUCUAGCUUUAUCCCCGGCGAAACUAUAA